AUGCUGUUCAAACGCUUUUUAAUUUUGUUGUGUCUUCCUUUUUGUUUUUCAAAAUCAGUGGAUGUAACUUUUAAGAGAGUUACGUUUAGAGGAUACAGUAUUUUUAAAGAAAUAUAUAAUGGCACCAUUACAUCCGGAAAUCGUCUUAAGGAUUUUUUACCAAAUUUUAUUAAUGAUGCCGUUGAAAUAAAAUACGAGAAUAUUUCAAUUAUUUAUAAGGAUUCGUUGGCAGAUCUGGGAAAUUUAUAUGAACUCUCGAUUGAAUUUUGUCACAUAGAGGAAAUACGACCUGGAGCAAUCAGUAAUUCGUCCAUGUUGAGGAAGUUAUCUUUUAAAGGUAACGAUAUAAAAAGCAUCGAAUUCGGAGUUUUCAACAAUCUCAACCUAUAUACCCUAGACCUGAGUUCAAAUCUAAUUUCAAACGUAAACGCUCAUGCAUUUGAUGACAUGCCCAAAUUACUCAAUAUUAAACUAGAUGAUAACCAUAUCCAGAUAUGGAACCCAGAAUGGUUUAAAAACACACAUUCUCUAUCAAGGAUUUCAAUGCAGAAUAACAUAAUAGAAGAAUUACCAGCCAAUGCUUUUAAAAACAUAAGAAGCGUUAAAAAAUAUGGAAAUCCCAUUAUCAAUUUCGUAUUUGACAACAAUAAAAUCAAAUACAUAGAUCCAAAAGCUUUUUCGGGUUUGGAGAAGAUUAGAAACUUGUGGCUCGAUAAUAAUUUACUAGAAGACUUUAAUGAAAAUGUAUUAAAUGGCAUUACCAUUGAUUCUUUAAGAUUGAACAAUAACAAAAUAAAAUGUUUCAAAGGUAAUCUAGCUAAAAUUUUAAAAGCAAAUAUGAACGUCAUUGAUUCUAAUCCAUUUGAAUGUGAUUGCUUGCAAAAUAUUAAAGAAUGGUCGAAAGGAAAUAAAAGAGUGGAAAUUUUCAUUGCUGAACUAAAUUGUUUAACCGAGGCAUUUAAUAACAAUAUGGCAAACUUGAAAAAAAUAUUGAAGGAUUUAAACGAGAAUACGCAAAAAACUAAAAAUGGUAAAAUGGAGAUUGCUGACACCGAAUUUGUUCUUGUCAAAAACAACCAUAGAAUUAAAAUAAAUUUUUAA